CAUCUCUCAACAACAAUGCGGCGCUCAUGACAGAAACAUGUUGGAUUUUAUGGAGAAUGUGCAGAAUGCCUUUAGCGAAGCUUCGCAUUGGAAUCCAGACAACUCCUAUGGCGCAUUGAAUGCGACGGCGCGAGCAUUGCUCAACUUUGAGAUACCACGAGGAUUGCGACUACAGAUAUCGUCUCUUGCUGCGCCAAACUUUGCGACCUCAUACACGCUCGGCAGUGUCGGUGUUGUCGAUGGCUCGGUGUCCUACUUGUACUCGUCGCUGCCAUUGAAGAAGGACUUUAAGAGCUCCAACAUCGACCUUCAUCAUGUGAUACGAGGCUACAGACAUUUGCGAGAACUCAGAGGUCCUGAUGAGAAAUGGUGGUGGGAACUGUGGCACGCUGGGAAGCGAAUCGAUCGCCGAAACACGUUGCUGUAUGGGCGCAUAUUCCUGCCACAGUCGAGACUCGAGGCCUUGUACCUGCGUCGACUUACUCCAACGCGGCAGCUCAGGAUCGCUGCUGUGAGCGAUUCAAGUCUCAACAAUGGAGGCACAAUCCUCACACUGUUGCAAAAUGACGUGGGCAAGUAUAGCACAGAAUACAUGUACAGCACGGAUUCUGCCUUGUUGGGCGUGCGGGGCCUCUACAAUUUUGGACCCGAACCAAGAACUGCGCCCACGACCGAGCACACGGAUCCACUGCAUGGCCGAUUCAGCGCUGGGGCCGAAUUGUAUUAUGGUCUGUUGAACAAGAGCGGAGGCAUCAGCACCGGCUUACGGUUCACGACUCUCCCCAACCAUCCGGGCUUCCCGUAUACCAUGACCCUUACGCUGAAUCCAUUGAUGGGAAACCUUUCUUCCUCAUAUGCAGUCAAGGCAGGCCCCAACCUAGCGCUAUGCUCCCGUUUCGACUUUAACUUCUAUUCCUACGAAAGUGAGUUGCAGCUUGGGUGCGAGCUGUGGCGGCGACGCAGCAACACUGAUGUAGAAUGGGCGGUUAAGAAGUUGCGUCCAGACUGGGUACGGCCAACUGCUUCGCCCGACGACGAUGUUACUGGUGUUCUCAAGGCCAAGGUUGACCAGGAUUGGCGGAUUGGAGUGUUGUGGGAAGGCAGAAUCAAAGAGCUACUGUUUACACUUGGUGCAAGCCUGGACCUGAAGAAGCGGGAACAGAUCAUCCGAUCAGUUGGCAUUGAGCUGCAGUACUCCUCUUGAACGAGAACAUGCCGGGUUAUGGAGAUGUUGGUGACUCCUGUUGCAGAUUGUGCUGCAUGUCGAUCAAUGGACUCUGCAUUUCCUCAGCUCAUGAUCAGCUCGAAGACAAGGGGAGAUUGAAAUCCAUGUCGUUGGAAGAUACUGAGCAUAUUCUUAGGUUUGUGAGGUUUUUCGUCUGUCACAUAAUGUUCACAAUUGUGAAAAAGGAAGUAGAGAUCCAAGAGAAACCGUCAAAACCUG